CCGGCAAUCUGAACAUCACGCAGCUUCAACCAAACACACCCUUGUCGCUUCUCUCCGGUACUGAAAAUGCGGGUGUCCGUACGCCGGCCGAUAAUCACCUCUCUCUUCUCCUCCCUAUCUCUCCGCCCUAUCUCCAGCUCCUCCGCCGCCGAUCACCUUCCAGAAAACCUAACAUCUCAAUCGCCGUCCUCCUCCGAUGAACUCACAAACCCUACCCCUCGAACCCGAACCCGAACUCCAAUGGAAAAACAGUUCGAAUCAUGGAUCAACAAUCUCAAACCCGGUUUCACACCAGCUGACGUAAACGAAGCCUUGAGAGCUCAAUCCGACCCGGACCUCGCCCUCGAUAUUUUCCGGUGGACCGGCCAACAGCGGAACUACAAGCACAACCACGUCACAUACUUAACAAUGAUUAACAUCGCAGUCUCAAGUAAGCGUUACCGCAUCGGAGAAACACUAGUCGAGGAAGUCCUCGCCGGCGCUUGCCCGCCGAGCCUCCCACUGUACAAUUCCAUGAUUAAAUUUUGCUGCGGCCGUAAAUUCUUAUUUAACCGUGCAUUUGACAUUUACAAGAAAAUGACAAAAUGUGAAGAUGCUAAGCCUUCAUUAGAGACUUAUAAUUUGUUACUGAAUGCCCUUCUCAGUAAAUUUAAUAAGUUACAUGUCUGUUACGUGUAUUUACAUUCUGUUCGAUCAUUAGCGAAGCAAAUGAAGUCCUUUGGUGUAAUUCCAGAUACAUUUGCUUUGAAUAUGAUAAUCAAGGCUUACUCUAAGUGUCUUGAGGUUGAUGAGGCUAUUCGUGUUUAUCGUGAAAUGGGAUUGUAUGGAUGUGAGCCGGAUGCAUUUACCUAUGGUUAUAUAGCCAAAGGGUUGUGUGAGAAGGGAAGAGUGAAUCAGGGACUUGAAUUUUUCAAGGAAAUGAGGGAUAAAGGAUUUGUUCCGAAAGGAAAUACUUAUAUGAUAUUGGUUUGUAGUCUUGCUUUGGAGCGUCGAUUUGAGGAUGCUAUUGAGGUGGUGUUUGAUAUGUUGGAUAAUUCGUUGUCGCCUGAUCAGCUUACUUAUAAAACUAUGUUGGAAGAAUUAUGUAGAGAAGGGAGAGGAAAUUAUGCAUUUGAAAGUCUUGAAGAAUUUAAGAAGAGGGAUAGCUUAAUGAAUGAGAAGACUUACAAGUCUUUGUUGAAUGGUUUAUAUUUUCUUAAUCAGGACUAAGUGUCUACUUUGAUAUGUUUAUGUUGUCAUUGUUGGUAGUUUGAUGCUUCUAAGCAUAUCUAUUGCUCGUCUGAUGAACGAAAAGUUAUUUACCAGCAAUUGGAAUUAGAGUGCAACUCGUGCAAGGAGAACGUCGAGACAGUAUAUGGCAGAUUUGGUGUAUGUUUCUUAACUUGUAUGGGAUUCAAUAGGUUAUGCCACCAGAUAACACGAAGCAAGGGCUAAGCAAUUGGCAAUGUCAGCAGAUGAAGAAAGUGAAAAAGAAGACUUGGAGGACCGUUCCUUUGUGCAUAUUCUGGAAUAUUUGGCUCGAGAGGAACAUGAGGUGUACAUUUCACUGUUGAAGAAUAGAUGCGUCCAUAGUUUAAAAUUUUGGUGUAAUAUUGGUUUUUAGAACGAUCUUCACAUAAUGCUGGAUUUUCUGAAUCCUUAGAGGACUCCUAUGUUUUUGUACCUUAUUCAUACCAGCUUGAUACUGAGCUUAAAUUUACAAUAAUGCCUUUACUUA